AUGGGGGGCAUCCUGUUCAACAUCAGAAUUGGUCCCAGCCCUCACGGCUCCGAUCAUUCCUCACUUUCUGACGAAGAAGACUCCUCCGGCGUGCAAGUCUCCCCGCCGUCUGACUCGGGAAGCCAUGACUAUCAGGAUCCUUAUGAUGAAUGGGCACACCUGCCAUAUCCAGACGAGUUGAAGCCAUCUGAUUCCGCGUCUCGGCCUAGGACGUCGCAUCGUGCCCGUAGCCGUCACCCGGUUCAUGGGUCGUCGAACGGGAACAUUUCACUCGUCGUCCUCGGCGCCAGCCUUCCCCCGAGUCUCCAGAGAGCAUGGACUCGGGGGACGAGUAUGACAGUCCUUAUGGUCGAGUAUCUCAUGAGAAGAGAAUCUGGCCGCCUGUGGCCCAAGGUCCAGGGUAUGCUCGCAGCCCCUCUCCAGUACCCUCGUAUGUUUACCCCAAUGGUGGUGCACCGCAUGCAGCUUAUGCACACCAAAGCAGUCACCAGCCUCCUUCAGAUCAGCUUAUAA